AAGACCCUUCCAGACAACGCAAGCUGUCUACUACCCUGCCUGAAAGAGCAACUUUUAUUGAUUUUGAUAUCUAUAUAUUUUAUUUGUCGCUUGAACGCGGGUAAACGUCCCGAAUCGCUGUCCGAAGCAGUUUAUGGUGCUAAAAAGUGAGCCAGUCCUUUAUUCAGCGUCGCUUGUCAAUUGCUAGGGAGGUGCCUGAGUUUUGUUGUAACUAUACACACACAACUUCAGUGGGAAAUUUCCAGCUCGGAUGAAAGAGACGGGCAUUAACAAAAAGCUGUAUGCUAAAGAACAUAAAAAGAAAAUAAAUAUAUUUAUAUACUGGAUCCCUGUACAGGAAGGACUGGGAUUCGGUGCUUAUAGCAUUUUCUUUUGUAACUGGGUGGUUUAUUUUUUUCUAUAGAAGAGAACUGAAGCAGCAGCAACAGAGCCAGUAAAGGUUGCAAACAUUCUGUGCUGUAAAGACACUCCAGUGAUGUCAUACGAGGGAGACCUGGAGCAGGCUGGCACUGGAGAGAGCUUCUGGGAGCCAGGGAAUUACAAAAGGACAGUGAAACGGAUUGAUGACGGCUACAAGCUGUGUAAUGAGCUGGUCAGCUGCUUCCAGGAACGAGCGAAAAUCGAGAAGAGCUACGCCCUGCAGCUGACUGACUGGUCCAAGAAGUGGAGGAGUGUCAUUGAGAAAGGGCCGCAGUACGGCACGCUGGAGAAGGCCUGGCAUGCCUUCAUGAACGCUGCAGACCGGCUCAGUGACAUCCAUAUGGAGCUGAAGAGCCGCCUGGCUGUGGAGGACAGCGAGAAGGUACACAACUGGCAGAAGGACGCCUACCACAAGCAGAUGAUCGGGGGCUUCAAGGAGACCAAGGAGGCAGAGGACAGCUUCCGUAAAGCACAGAAACCCUGGGUCAAAAAACUGAGGGAUGUCGAGGCUGCAAAGAAGAGCUACCACCAGGCCCGGAAAGAGGAGCGCACUGCACUGACGCGCGAGACCCACGCCAAGGCAGACUCCUCCGUGUCCCAGGAGCAGGUGCGCAAGCUGCAGGACCGGGUGGAGAAGUGCACCCAGGAAGCUGAGAAGACCAAGGAGAAGUAUGACAAGGCUCUGGAGGAGAUCAACAGGUACAACCCACGAUACAUGGAGGACAUGGACCAGAUCUUUGAGCUCACCCAGGAGGCUGAGAAGAAACGGCUGCAAUUCUUCAAAGAGGUCCUUAUGGAUGUUCACCAGCACCUCGACCUCUCCAGCAAGGACAGCUUCCGCUCCCUGUACCGAGACCUGAACCAGACCAUUGUGGCAGCCAGUGACCAGGAGGAUCUGAAGUGGUGGAGAAGCACACACGGACCAGGCAUGAACAUGAACUGGCCACAGUUUGAGGAGUGGUCUCCCGAGGCAACCAGGUCGAUCAGUCGGAAGGAAAGAAACAGCAAAGCAGAGGAUGUUGUGACCCUGACCAACAUUGUACCCGCUGGAGAGGAGAUCACACAGACAGCACAGGAGCUGAACAGGUCUAAUGUAGAGGAUGAUGAUAACCGUUACUGUGAGAGCUUAUCAGAUCAACCCGAACAAACAAGCGCCAAAGAUUACUGCUCGGACUGGUCCGAUGAAGAAAGCCCCAAAAAAUACAUCGGCACCAACGGUGUGGAGGAGGACGUGAAGGUACCGGGUGUGCGAGUAAAAGCGUUGUAUGAUUACAUGGGGCAAGAGGCAGAUGAGCUGAGCUUUAAAGCAGGUGAAAAGUUAAUGAAGAUUGGGGAAGAGGACGAGCAGGGCUGGUGUAAAGGUCAGCUUGAAAACGGACAAGUUGGACUUUAUCCUGCUAACUAUGUUGAGCUGAUCGGGUCGUGAUGACCAGUUCCUGACAUCCUGCAGCCGUUCAUAUCGAGGCCAACGAGAGACCGAGAGACAAUAACUGAUCUUUGAGUCAGAGGGGAUUUCGACUCCCAACCCUGAAGCUAGUUCCAGGUCAUGUGGUUGAAGUUUUCUGAAUUGUACAAACCUAUUGAAUGCAAAACCAAAUAAAUCCAGCUAAUUCCAUUGCGAAGCAGGACACUUCUCAAGGAUGUUGCAUGAUGGAGUAUUUCUAGCUUGGGUUUGCAGCCACUUUUCUAUAUAUACCGCUGAGACGCUCAGUGCCUUUGGUAAGUCCAAUUUAGUCUGUACUGAUGCUGCUCCAAGUCCUUCCUGUCAUUACACACUCGUCCUUGGAAGUUAGCAGAUUCAGGGUUCGGAAGUCUAGUUACAACCUCUGACAAAGAAAACAAACAGUCGGAUAUUCCUUUUACAAAGUCUGUAUAUAAAUCUCUGAAAAGUCUUGAUAUCAGAAACCACAGUUACUAUCCACGGUUUCUAUUGUUUUUUUACUCUGUGUGUGAUUUAUAAUUACACAGCCACAAUGUAUUAUGAGAGACCAUCAAUACUGUACAUGCAAUGCAAUACUGUACAUUAUUUUUUUUGGGGGGCGAAGGGGGCGUAAAAGAUUAAUUCAUAAAUAUUCACAAGUAUAUGUCUAGAGCGGAGAAAUGUGUUUUUUUCUUCUAACAUUUUUAUAGUAACGUAGAUUUUGUUUGCUAACAAAUAAAUUGAAAGGCAGAAUGGUGCGCUAGCCUUUCAUGCUUGUUAAAUAUUUAAAAUUGGAUUCUCUGGAUUUCCUACUGAACAGGUUUUUACAUGGAUAAUUUACAAGUGAUGAUGUCCUGUACCAAAUUAUUAGUUAAAUAUGCUGUUUCAUCCCAUAUUGCUUUACCUAGGGAUUGGAUUCUUGACACUAGCAGUUGAUGCUGCUAUAGGGAAGCCAGACCUGCCUUUCAGCUCAAUGUUCAGUGCUUGCUUCAAUGUAGCUUUCAGGUGAGGGUUUUGGACUGGGAUAAUGGGGGCUUCGGAUCUUGAUUCAACUGUCUGCAUCACUACACUCUUGGGGAAGAAAUAAAAAGUAUUUAAUUCA